AUUUUUAGUAAAAUUUGAUCAAAAUGAGGUUAAUAUUUAAUGUUUUGUUAGCAAAUUCAUUGUUUUUUGUUAUAAAUUCACAGGGAGCAAAUAAAAAUGAAACAUUAAGUGAAAACUGGAGAUAUUGUUACGAAUUUACAUGGUUAGGGCCUGAUUUCAAUAAUCAUAGUAGUAGUAGUAUUUUGAAUGGCACUUGUAAGUCUUAUUUAAAUGAAAAAAGGGCUAAAAAUAUACCUUGUAGCCCACCCUUAGUCAUAACAGAGGAUGGUACGCCUCCUAAUAUGACGUGGUUAUGGGAGAAAAAAUUGCCCAGCAUUUUAUGCAUACAGAGUGAAAAUAAAGUAUGUGCCAAGUAUACCUACAAGUUUAAUAACAAAGUACAUAAUAUUACAUAUAUGUGUACGAAAGCCGUUCAAAAAAAUAAGGGACCUUUAACAAGUGGUUGUUACAGUCAAACAGUUGAUGGUUAUGACGUAGAGGCAUGUAUAUGUAACAGUGACGUGGGCUUAAGAACUAGACCAUGUAAUAAGUCCUUUAAAGCCCAUAUUAACGCUGUAUUUCUAUUAUUUGCACUUAUUUAUUUGAUUCUGUAGACUAUAAUAA